CGGGCUGUCCUAUCAGUGUGGCAUCGUAGUCUCUUUAGUGUUGUGUGACCAUUUGAGCUUAACUUCUCAUACCCAGCCACUGGGCUUGUGAAACUGGAGAAGAGUGUAAUUAUCUAGUUAACAAGUGCUAGUAACGGUCUAUAAUACUGUACGUGUGAUAUAUUACUGGCACAUUGGUUGCCAGAACUAUAAGAAGAGCUUGAAGGCUCGUCACCUCCGCCAUGGCUGACAACGACAAUGGAAUCGCCAACCGAGGUUACCAACCAGAUAAUGACGAAGAGCCAGUCAAAAUUAAGAAUGGAAGUCCUGUUGGUAAAGUCAAGCCUAGUGAGGGCUUUCGACAGCUCACGGAGGAGGAGAGGAAGGAAAAGUUCGCCAUCAUGAAGAACAUCAUCAUUAUCUCCGUGGCCUUCACCUUCCUCUUCACCAGCUACAACUCCAUGGCCAACCUUCAGUCCUCCAUCAACGAAACUACGGGGACUACGGCCUUGUCCACACUGUAUGGGGCUCUGGUAGUGUCGUGUUGUUUCCUGCCCUCCUGGUUCAUCAAGACUCUCCGGACUAAAUACACGAUGGCUGUGUGUAUGUUGGGUUACUCCACCUACAUCGCCGCUCAGUUCUACCCGAAGAUGUACACCCUUGUGCCCACAGCCAUCAUCCUGGGUCUGGGAGCAGCGCCCAUGUGGUCCGCCAAGUGUACUUACCUCACCAAGGUGGGUGCCAGGUACGCCGAGAUUAUAGGAGACAACACUGAGGUGGUCAUAACUCGCUUCUUCGGCAUCUUCUUCCUGUUCUUCCAGUCAACACAGGUGUGGGGCAACCUUAUCUCCUCCUCAGUGUUAUCAGUGGGCGUGGAUACCGAGGAUAAAACCCCGGAGGAGCUAGAACGUUGUGGGUAUAACUUCUGCCCGUGGGAUUCUCCGUCUAACUCCACCAAUGACACUACUGAUGGUAUCCCUGAGUGGCAGACGUACACCAUGGCAUCGAUCUACCUCGUGUUCGCCCUUCUCUCCUCUGUUAUCAUCGUCCUUUUCGUCGACCCACUCAGCAAGUUCGUGGGUGAUGAUAAGUAUGACGCGACGGAGGGCAAGACAGGUUUGCAGCUACUAGUGGCUUCCUUCAACCACAUGCGUCACCCUUACCAGCUGCUGAUCAUCCCCCUCACCAUCUGGUCUGGCGUGGAACAAGCCUUUCUGGGCGCUGACUACACUGCUGCUUACGUGUCGUGUGGGCUGGGUGUACACAUGGUCGGGUACGUUAUGAUCUGUUACGGUGUGUGUGACGCCAUCUGCUCCGUCACCUUCAGCCCACUGGUGAGGAUCGUGGGUCGUGUGCCCAUCUUCACCAUGGGUUUCCUCAUCAACUUGAGUAUUAUCAUCACUCUCAUCUACUGGAUGCCCAAGCCUGAUGAUAUCGUCGUCUUCUUUAUCCUCUCGGGUCUGUGGGGAGUGUCGGACGCUGUGUGGCAGACGCAGAUCAACGCUCUGUACGGUGUGAUCUUCCCCGGGGAGUCUGAAGCAGCGUUCAGCAACUACCGCCUGUGGGAGUCGCUCGGGUUCAUCAUCGCCUACGCCUGCAGCACCGUCUUCUGUAUCCACUCUAAGAUCACCAUCCUCCUCGUCUUCCUCGUGCUGGGCAUCGUCGGCUACUACGUUAUUGAGGUCAUCGAGAAGCUAGGAGGCCUCAAGAGGGACAAGGAAGGUGAAGUCAUCACCCUUGAUAAACUCGUCACGGGAAAGUACCAGUGACGAGUAGGAGGGAAAUUUGUCGGGUUUUUAGAUUUUUUUUACUGGAAUCAACAUAGAUUUUCAACGACUAACUUCCUCCUAUUUUCUGGUUUACUUUUCAACCGCCACAAUUCAUAAACGUUGAUUGGUUGCUGGUUGUAAAGUUUUAACAAGUUUUGAAAAUGUUUAGCAUCUUUUGCAGUCGCUACAAGUUCUGGAAUCUAACUGGUUGUGGUCCACUCUGUCAUGUCAUUUGUGUAGUAACAGAGCCUGCUGGGGCCAAUUAGGAUUUAGCCCAAAUGAACAGUUACUAAUGAGGUACAGCAACCCCUUUCUUGAUUUCAUAAAUAUUUUAUCGCCAUCGUCUGAACAGAACUUCCAAGUGUACUAAGGUUAUCUAGUCAAUGAUCCCUUUUGAUAUUUUAGUGACCAAUAAUGAGUGAGAUUAAACCAAUAACAGUAUAUGUGUAGUUUCUUCAUUAGCUUCCAUUAUUACACUGUAGCUACAUUUCCGCACACACCCAGUCAAGAGAUGUAGACACUCCUCCUGAUCAAUUCCUCCCUUGGAAGAUCAGUCCGACUAGGUGAUCAGUCCUACCCUACUGAUGGUCUGCAUAAUCUUAUUCUUGAUCACAACAUUUCCCAGCUGAUUGUAAAGUAAUCCAUCUGGUUUUCUGCUGUGUGAGUCUUCAAUAUUUUCGCUACGGUUGAGUUCCUUCCAUUGGCAUAGUCACUCUUGCUUUGGGUAUCAACUUCUCCUUCCCGUGAGCUGUGGAAGACCUGAGACGAGAUUCUGAAGGCUAAAGAUUCCUCUCCAGAUUCUAGUGGAAUAUUUCCUCCGUCUCCUGCAACCUUCUGCUUUUCCGUCAUGUCGAAGAUAUUAUAGUCAGGUGUGUGGUGUGUGUGUGUGUGUGUGUGUGUGUGUGUGUGUGUGUGUGUGUGUGUGUGUGUGAGACGCCUGUUCUUGUCAACUUCAGAUCAGGUAGUUCACUAUCAUAACAAAAAUCCAGCGCCGUAAAGCUCAAGAUUCAUACACCAAGUACUGUAUCUUCCUAAGUGAUAACUACAGUACACAUCUUGUUACGAGUCUUGGGGUCAUUACGACGUCAUAUUUGUGUCAUAUCUUAGGCAGUUAGACAAUAUAAUGUAAGAAUAACACCCCUUAACUCUUUACACCCCAGACGGUCAUUCUCAUAUCUCUGUGUUCAUCUGUGGUACGUGUUUCUGUUACUACUGUAUAAUUUAUCAGUAACAGAAAACUAUUGUGAGUUGAAUGUGCAAGUGUUUAUCAGUGUAAUUAUAAUGUACAACAGUAUAAUAUGUAAUAUAUAGAUUGAACAUAAGUUGUUUCUCUAAUACAGAGGUUCCCAAACUGGGGAGCGUGAGGCUGGUACAGGGAAGGCGUGAAGCCAUCAACCAAAAUUUGCUAUAUUUUGCUAAAAAAUAAUAUAAUGAAGAAACUCUUUCAGGAGUAACUCUCCCUCCGUUUGAAUCUACCACACAUCCAUGCAAAACCAAAGUAUAGCAGUCACCCCUAUCCGUUUUCUAUCAUUUCAUCUCACACACUCUCCUUACGCGUCUUGUACAUAUCACUAUACAGGGAGUUAUCUGAUCCUAAACAAUACUAAAAUAUAAUUAUAAUAAAAAAUAAAAUCUAUGUAGAUUUUACAUACAAAAAUAUAAGGGGGGGGGGUGGGUGAGGUCCUCGCUAAAGCAAAGGAAGGCGUCAUGUUAAAACGUUUGGGAGCCACUGUUCUAAUGUGAUCUAUUGUGAUUAUAUAGUUAUUUUAUUUUUUUGUGGAUUAAGUAAGAAAGAUGAUUUUUGUACCGGAUGGAGUGAAUAAAGACACAAUCUAU